ACGCUUCCUUCUUCCUUCCGGCGCUUUCUCUUCUUAAGUAAGACACGCGCCUACCCGGACCUCUCCGCAUACCAACCGUCUCAACGAUCUAACAAAGCCUCCAGACUAAAACAAAAAGAACGAUGAAGUUCCUGAUUGUUGCGCUAGUCGUCGCUGCUGCCACAUUGGCUGAUGCAAAGUCUCUGCAACAGAGAAGCAUUGCUGAUGACAUCAAGAACUCUAUGCAGGCAGCCCUGGAGAAGGCUCUCCUCACCACUACCGCGAACAACCUGGAGUCUUCUGUAAUCCAGAAAAUCAACGACACCAUCGUGAACGUGUUGGACGGCUUCAUCGACAAGCUGAAUCUUGACAUGUGGAUCACUCAGUUCCAUCUGGACGGGGUCAUUAACCUGGCUGACGUGGAGGCCUUUGCCGUGGAACAGGCCAUGAACCUGGUUACACCCAUCCUGGACGCUCUCAAGGAGCAAGGGAUCCAGCUGACCCUGAACCACAUGCCGACUGACAGCAGAAGGAACAGGAGGAGCAUCGCUGAUGAUAUCAAGAACUCCAUGCAGAACGCACUGGAGAAGGCUCUACUUACCACCGCUGCCAACAAUCUGGAGUCUGGAGUUCUUGAGCAGAUCAACUCGACGAUCGUGACUUUCCUGGAUAACUUCAUGGGCAAGCUGAACCUGGAUUACUGGAUCACCCAGCUCCAUCUGGACGGCGUUGUUGACCUCGGUGACCUGGAGGCAUUCGCUGUAGAGCAGGCCAUGAACCUCGUCACCCCCAUCUUAGAUGCGCUCAAGGAGCAGGGCAUCACCCUGGUUGGGGACCACAUCCCAAACAGCAAGAUCGUCAACGUCCAGGGGAAGUAAAAACUACGUCACAGAUCGGCGUAGCUGAGCACCAUGUGUUAAGACCUUGGACAGUAACUGUUGUCCCUAAACAUCAGGAGCCCAAAGAACAUCAGCGUCGUUGCCGAGUUCAUCAUUAAAAGUAUAGAACAGAAAUUGUGGUCUUGACAUCGAUUCUAA